AUGUUCGGCAGCAGCAGCAACAACAACAACAACAACAGCAGCAGCAGCAGCAGCAGCAGCAAUGAUAAUGGAGCAACGCUGCAGGAUGCACAGCAAUUGCUGAGCAUGAUGGUCCUCAGCGUCCUCAACGAGCAAGUGCAGAAGACAUGUUUUAAGAAGUGUUUAUCAUCAAAUAAAUUUGCUGAUGAAUUAUCUAAAGGAGAUCAAGUCUGUCUAGCUAAGUGUAUGGAUAGAAUGUAUGAGUCGCAUGCUAUCGUGGCUCGAGCGGCUAACGAAAUGGCACAAAAUCUGCAGCAAAACAGCAGCAGCAGCAGCAGCAGCCUGUAG